AGGUGGGCUUGAGGAGGAGGAGGAGGAGAAGAGUUGUGGAUGGAGGUUCUGACUGUCACCUCCUCGUUAAAAAGUGCUCGUCGUGUUUUUCCCCCUCGCAGACAAAGAACAGCAGCAUGUUGAAGUGCGCGCGCGCGUGGGCUGCCGUCGCCGCGCUGCUCCUGCUGGGAGCUUCGAACGGAACCGAACCACCGACUCAAAGCUCCCCGGCAGCCUCCAGCAACACGACGUUCAGCGGCACCGCGUCCGCCUCCGUGGAGCUGCUCCACCAGAGCCGCGGGCCCACGAAGGCACCACCAGAACCCCACGGCAGCAGAGAGCCGAACCGCCAGGCUCAGGAAGGAGAAACAACCCGCAAAAAUCAGCCGGACUGUCCUCCUCUGGGCCUGGAGUCCCUGCGAGUUGAUGACAGCCAGAUCCAAGCUUCUUCCUACCAGCGGAGCGGUCUGGGCCCUCACAGGGGACGGCUGAAUAUUCAGUCUGGCAUUGAGGAUGGCGACCUGUAUGAUGGUGCAUGGUGUGCAGGGUACAAGGACCAGGACCAGUGGCUGGAGGUGGAUGCCAUCGACCUGAUAUUGUUCACCGGAGUCAUCUUGCAGGGCCGUAAUUCCAUCUGGAGCUGGGACUGGGUUGAAACCUACAAAGUGCAGCUGAGCAACGACUCGGUCAACUGGGUAACCUGCAGAAAUGGAACAGAAGAAGCGAUAUUUGAAGGGAACCAGAAUGCAGAGACUCCAGUGCUCGGACUCCUCCCUGUGCCAACUGUUGCUCGUUUUAUCCGCAUCAACCCACAGACCUGGAACUCCAAAGGCACCAUCUGCCUCAGGGCUGAGAUACUUGGCUGCAGUGUUCAUGAUCCAACCGAGCUCUUCUCUGCAGAGCAACAAUCAGGAUCAAUGGAUGGUCUGGACUUCAGACACCACAACUACAAAGAGAUGAGAAAGCUCAUGAAGGGUGUAAGCGAAGAGUGCCCAGACAUCACCCGCAUUUACACCAUCGGGAAGAGCUACAUGGGCCUCAAACUGUAUGUUAUGGAGAUUUCAGAUAAUCCUGGCAAGCAUGAACUUGGUGAGCCUGAGUUUCGCUACGUGGCAGGAAUGCAUGGGAAUGAGGCUCUUGGCCGUGAGCUUGUCCUCAACCUCAUGCAGUACAUGUGUCGUGAGUACAAGAGGGGCAACCAGCGCAUCGUACGGCUGAUCACUGAGACACGAAUCCACCUGCUGCCCUCCAUGAAUCCUGAUGGAUAUGAAUUUGCUUAUGAGAAGGGCUCAGAACUGGCUGGCUGGGCUGAUGGACGAUACACCUUUGAAGGAAUAGACUUGAAUCACAACUUUCCAGACCUAAACAACAUCAUGUGGCAGGCUCAGGAGGCAGCUGCAGACAAAUCUAAAGUCUCCAACCAUUACAUCCCCAUGCCAGAGUACUACACUCAAGAAGACGCCACAGUUGCACCAGAGACCCGUGCUGUCAUCAGCUGGAUGCAGGAUAUCCCCUUUGUGCUCAGUGCGAACCUCCACGGGGGCGAAUUGGUGGUUACCUAUCCAUUCGACUGCACCCGUGACUGGGCCCCACAGGAAAAUACCCCCACAGCAGAUGAUCCUUUUUUCCGCUGGCUGGCCUCCGUCUAUGCCUCAACUCAUCUGGUGAUGGCCAACCCUGACCGCCGCAUCUGCCACUAUGAAGACUUCCAGCAACACAACAACGUCAUUAAUGGAGGAGCGUGGCACACCGUCCCCGGCAGUAUGAAUGACUUCAGCUACUUAAACACUAACUGCUUUGAGGUGACGGUGGAGCUGUCCUGUGAUAAGUUCCCUCACGCCGAUGAGCUUCCAGUCGAGUGGGAGAACAACAGAGAGUCGCUGCUGGUUUACAUGGAGCAGGUCCACAGAGGGAUUAAGGGUGUGGUGAGAGAUAAACUAACCAAAGAAGGAAUAGCAGACGCCAUCAUCAGGGUUGAGGACCUUGAACAUGAUAUCCGAUCAGCUCCCGAUGGAGACUACUGGCGCUUGCUGAACCCAGGUGACUACCAGGUGGUGGUUUGGGCUGAGGGUUACUUCCCAUCCAUGCGCCGGUGCCACGUUGGAAUGGAGCCACGGGCCACCCUGUGCGACUUUAGUCUGACCAAGACACCCAUUCAAAGACUGAAGGACAUCAGGGCCAAAGGAGGAAAAAUCCCUCAGGAUCUCCAGCUGCGUCUGCGUGCUCUGAGGCUCCGCAAGCUUCGCGCCAGCACCAAAGCCAUUAACCGCCAGCGGGAGAGUCGGCAGCAGCAUGUGCUGAGGGCGAGAAAAGCUCGGGCCUCCAGAGCUCAGAAAGCAUGAGGACGUGACAGAUGAGUGGCCGAUGAAUCCUCGGAACACGCUGUGGAUGGAAAGGGUUCAAGUCUAACUGAAAACCAAAUACCAAUUCAGAUCAUCCAGGAAAUGUUUGAGAGGAUGAGGCUGAAAGGCUUUAUUUAAAAAACAAAACAAAACACAUAUAUAUACAUUUAUGGACAAAACCCUUUGUGGUUCAAUGUUUUUACGACAUAUUUUUGUUUAGUUUUUGACAUUAACCCUUUAACAUUUCAGUGCUUUACAGAGUAAGGAUUUAUGUCAGCUGGUCUGAUGUGUCAACCCAGUUUCCAUUUGCUUAAGUCCAACUGGACAGAUAUCUUCAAUAAAUAUUUCUUAUUUGUGUCA